AUCUGUACUUGGAGCCAACAGAAUCAAACGCAUCCUCCUCGUCCUCAAUUGUCGACCAAGAACUCUCCGGUUGAAGCUGCACCACACUUCCCCAACUUUUUAUCCUCUCCGAGCUCGGAAUUCCCCUCACGAAGUCGCGCAGAAUAAUCCAAAUCUAAUCCAACCCCUUCGACACAAAUUUCAGUGGCUCUCGUGAUCCAACCUCCUUGCCCGCAUGACACGACAUUCACAUCUCAUAAGCCCCACUUUAAACAUAUUCUCUCUCUCUCUCUCUCUGGAUGAGACAAAACGACACUGAGCUUGUGAGUGAAUCUCUCUGAACGCCUCUCUGAAGUCUGAACAGCGCCCUGCUACGUGGGGGAGGCUAACUGGUAGCUCAGAGAGGGUUGACUUCCGGUUGAAGUGAAUAGCCCCAUCAUGUCGCCGAAGGCAUUGGACUAUGAGUCGCUGAACGAAAAUGUCAAGAAGGUCCAGUACGCUGUUAGAGGCGAGUUGUAUCUCCGAGCCUCGGAGCUUCAAAAGGAAGGGAAGAAGAUUAUCUUCACCAAUGUCGGGAACCCUCAUGCUCUGGGACAGAAGCCGCUGACCUUUCCUCGCCAGGUGGUUGCCUUGUGCCAGGCUCCUUUUCUACUGGACGACCCCAAUGUAGGGUUGCUCUUCCCGGCUGAUGCUAUUGCAAGAGCCAAGCACUAUCUCUCACUUACCUCGGGUGGUCUAGGGGCUUACAGCGAUUCUCGUGGUCUUCCGGGGGUCAGGAAGGAAGUGGCAGAUUUCAUUGGAAGGCGUGAUGGUUACCCAAGUGACCCAGAACUAAUAUUUCUCACUGAUGGUGCAAGCAAAGGUGUGAUGCAAAUCCUCAAUGCAAUUAUUCGCGGUGAAGGAGAUGGGGUUCUGGUGCCAGUCCCACAGUACCCACUUUAUUCUGCUGCAAUAGCUCUCUUUGGCGGCUCUCUUGUCCCAUAUUACCUUGAGGAGACUGCCAACUGGGGCCUUGACGUAGCUGACCUUCGCCAAUCAGUUGCACAGGCUCGCCGGAAAGGGAUAACAGUUAGAGCUAUGGUUAUUAUAAACCCUGGAAACCCAACUGGGCAGUGCCUCAGUGCAGCAAACCUGAGAGAAAUUCUGCAGUUCUGUUACCAAGAGAACCUCGUCUUGCUCGGAGAUGAGGUAUAUCAGCAGAACAUAUACCAGGACGAGCGUCCCUUCAUCAGUGUCAAGAAGGUGUUGAUGGACAUGGGUGGGCCUAUGAGCAAGGAAGUGCAGCUUGUUUCUUUCCACUCAGUGUCAAAAGGUUACUGGGGUGAGUGUGGACAGAGGGGAGGAUACUUCGAGAUGACUAACAUUCCUCCGAGGACUGUUGACGAGAUCUACAAGAUUGCUUCCAUAUCACUUAGCCCCAACGUUCCCGCCAUGAUCUUUUUGGGAUUGAUGGUUAACCCUCCAAAACCUGGGGAUAUUUCGUAUGACCAGUUUGUACGGGAAAGCAAAGAGAUCCUUGAAUCGCUCAGGAGAAGAGCUAGGAUUAUGACGGAUGGGUUCAACAGCUGCAGGAAUGUUGUUUGCAACUUCACUGAAGGUGCCAUGUAUUCGUUCCCUCAAAUACGUUUGCCGCCGAGAGCAAUAGAAGCCGCCAAGAAAGCCGGGAAGGUCCCUGACGUCUUCUACUGCCUCAAGCUUCUGGAAGCUACCGGCAUCUCCACCGUGCCAGGUUCAGGAUUCGGACAGAAAGAAGGGGUGUUCCACUUGAGGACGACCAUCUUGCCCGCCGAAGAGGACAUGCCUGCGAUCAUGGCGAGUUUCAAGAAGUUCAACGACGAGUUCAUGGAGCAGUACGAAGACCAUCGAGGUUACUCGAGGAUGUGAAAAGGUUGCCCUGAAUUUCAGGAAAUCAAGUUGUAUGUAAUAUUCAAAUCUUUUCUCGUUGUCUCUACAAUCUUUUUGGAGGAAUUGUGCUCACAUUCUGAUUGUUCGAAUUUGGAUCGAUAAACUUUAUGCUGUUGAAGAUUCGACAUGAUAGGAUAUUUAAUCUGUGCACUGCACUAUCCAUCAAAGUACAUCGUGAAUGCUGGUUCCUAAUUCAGUUAGAUUCUGUGGUUGCACUUU